AUGGUAAAUAAAAAUAUGUAGGGCUUAUGCUAAUGCUUAUCAUAGCAUUCAAUUCCAAAAUCUAGAUCUAAAUAUUUUUUAUCUCCUAUUGCUAUACAAUUAAUAGAUCUAAUAGCAAGAGUUAUUAUCAUAGGAUAAAAUAUUCCUACUGGUAAAGAAAAAGACCAAAGCGAUUCGAAUAACCACAAAGGUUGUAGGUUAGGGUGUUUAGAAAAAAUGCAAUCAAUAGAUUUACUAGCCAAGCUAACUGAAUUUCCUGAUAGCUAAAUAGGAACAGUAAAUAAAACUGGCAUUUUUGUGGUAAAAGAGCAUACUAAAGAUAGUAUUUAUAAAUGA